ACUUUGUCUCUCCAAAACCACCCUGAAACCAUCACCACCCCCCCUCUCUCUCUCUCUAUCUCUCAUCUGAACAUGGCGAAAACGGGAAAGCUCACGAAGCUCAAGUCAGCUAUCAAAAGAUUCCCCUCCUUCUCCAAGCUCUCUCGCAGCAACUCCACCGCCGCUGCCGAAGCGACUGAAGAUGAUCCCAGGAGCGCCGCCGCCGCCGGCAGAGCAGGCCGUAAUGUGAGGGCGGUGUACGUGGGGAAGUCCCGGCGCCGGUACGACGUGAGCGCCGACGUGUUUGAGCACCCGCUGUUCCAGGAGCUGGUCGACAAGUCGUCGUCGUCGUCCUCCUCCCCGCCGUCGAGCGCAGCAGUGGUGUCGUGCGAGGUGGUGCUGUUCGAGCACUUGCUGUGGAUGCUGGAGAACACCGCCGGCGGCGGGGACGCGCAGCUGGGGGCCAUGGACGAGCUGGUCGAGUUCUACACUACUUGUUGAAAUCGAGGGCUUGUGGGUCGCUUCGCAUUCUUUUGAUCUCAUUGUGAGUUUUAAUGACGAUGACGAUGAUGAUGUUGAUGAUGAGGACGACGAUUAGGAACAAGUGUAAAGAGUUUAGAGAGCUAGAUUUAAA